CCUAGGGCCCAAGAGUAACGCACUAAUGCACACUUGGCAUAAAGCAUAGGCGCUGAAACAUGGUUCACACUUAAAUACUUAACUUAGCACUUUCCAACGGGGGCGCGAAACCCUAGCGGGUUGUGUCAGGUUGAGUCGUGAUUCAACCCGCGCAUUAUCUAAGUCAACCAGGACGUGCUAAGCGUUCUGCGUUAAGGGAUGCAUAUGCUGUCUUACUGUGCGCGCGCGCGGGACGAGACGCAUAAUCGCAUUCCUCCAGUACGUACCAUUCGUUUCAGUGAAACCGCACGUAAUACUUGUGCACCCACGCCUUGCGCAAACACACAACCGCAAGCGAGAUACGUACGCGUGCACUCAUCAAAAUGGUGGCGGACAACGAUCACGUCGAGCCGGCUGAGUGCUCGACAGCAGCAGGUUGGAAGUCCCGAAUGGCUGCACCCUUCCACACCGACCGGUCCGUGAAGGAGUUCUUGGUCGGGACCUAUGACAUGAAGUACCUGUGCAUGCCGUCGUUCCCAUAUUUCAAGAAGUCCUCAGGCGUUGCACCACCGAGGUUUUUCGGCAAGGACGAUUUCCUAGGCCUCAUUGUGGCCCUGGUCAUGGGCCUGCAGCACGCGCUGGCCAUGGUGGGAGGCCUCAUCACGCCGCCGCUGCUCAUCUCCAACCUUGGCUUUGGCACACGCCCCGGCACCAGCCCACCCGUGCCCUACUCGUCCGGCAACCCUGCCGAGACCCAGCGCUACCUCGUCCAGGCGUCGCUCAUUGUCACGGGCAUCAUGACCUUUUUCCAAGUGCUUGGCGUGCGCAUCUGGAAAACCGACUUCCAGUUCGGGGCCGGCAUCCUGUCCUGCAUGGGCGUGUCCUUCACCACCGUGCCCAUCGCCACCUCCGUCAUUGGACAGCUCAUGAAGGAGAAGGGCCACACCUUUGAGGAGGCGUACGGCAUGUUCCUCGGCACCAUCGUUAUGUGCGCUAUCAUCCCCGUCAUCCUGUCCUUCUUCCCCAUCCGCAUCAUCAAGAAAAUCUUCCCGCCCAUCGUGUGCGGCAUCACCAUCAUGAUGAUUGGCGUGCACCUGAUCGGCGCUGGCUUCAAGAACUGGGGCGGUGGCGCUUUCUGCGCCGACAACUGGCAGCACCCGCCCGCCCCCACGACCUGCUUCCUGCCCGCCAAGUACCCCAACGGCACCAGUUACUUGCAGCAAUCGACUGUGUGCUGGGUGGGACCCGGCAUCAAGUGCGGCGACGCCACCAAGACCGAGGUGUUCCUCCCCUUCGGCUCUCAGGAGUACCUCGGCCUGGGCUUCCUGGUGUUCGUCACCAUCAUCUUCUUGGAGAUCUUCGGCAGCCCCUUCAUGCGCAACGCCUCUGUCAUUCUGGCGCUGCUGUUCGGCUACCUCAUCGCCGCUGUCACCACCUACCAGGGCAAGAAGUACGUGAUCACCACCAAAAUUGACCAGGCGCCCGGCAUCACCUUCCUGUGGACCACCACCUUCCCGCUAGGUUUCUAUUCACCUGCCAUUAUUCCGCUCAUGAUUGUGUUCAUUAUCACUUCCAUUGAGACCGUGGGCGACACUGCCGCAACGAUGGAAGCCUCUCGCAUGCUUGUCAACACCGAGGACGGCACGCGGCGCAUUAAGGGCGCGCUCCUGAACGACGGCAUCAGCGGCAUCUUCUCCGCCCUGGCCACCUCGCUGCCCCUGACCACGUUCGCUCAGAACAACGGCGUCAUUUCUCUGACCAAUGUGGCCGCUCGUCAGGCCGGCUUUGCUGCUGCGUUCUGGCUGUUCCUGCUGGGUGUCCUGGGCAAGGUGGGCGCCUGGAUCACCACCAUCCCGGAGUGUGUGCUGGGCGGCAUGACCACUUUCCUGUUCGCCAACGUCAUUGCCUCGGGCAUUAAGAUUAUCAUCAACGGUGAUCCCCUCACGCGCCGCUCGCGCUUCAUCCUGGCGUGCUCAUUGGCGCUGGCGUUUGGCGUGGAGCUGGUCCCGCAGUGGGCCACGCUCAACCUGUGGCCCGUCACGCCCGGCAUGUCGCCCGGCCUGCGCGGCCUGCGUGACGCCAUCAUCCUGGUCAUCUCCACCUCCUUCACCCUGGGCGCGGUGGUGGCGCUCAUCCUCAACCUCAUCAUCCCAAAGGACACGUCCACCGCCACAUGCACCAACAACAGCCUGCAUGUCCCCGAGCUGGAGGGCAAAAUGAUGGCUGCUGACAAGAGCGGCAAGGACUCAUCAACCUCCUCCAAAGAUGAGCUGUCGUCAAACGAGGAUGCAGGGCACGGCAUGGUGCCUCCACGUCAGGAAACAGUGGCGAUGGUUGCAGCCGACGCAAGCUGCAAGGUAUGAAGCCACCAGAAAUGCGCAUGGAAAGCGGAGCGACGGAGCAUGUCGACAGUUUGACAUGCCAAUGCACUGAAAGGAAUUCGUGACUCUUGUUUGUAAUUGACUAAGAAAGAUGCAUGUGCAGUAUGGCAGCGUGAUUAGCUGUACAAUAUGAUGAGUCAUGCCAUCCAUGUCCCUCAAGGACGGCUUACCAUUGAACGCCCGCCGUCAGCAGAAGCGGCGAUGGAAGUGGCAAGCUUUCCCUCAAAUUCAACGUCUGGCGCACCGCAGACGGGUGGAAGAGUAGGGUGGUCGUUGUUUGUGGGGUCUGCGGGCGCCAUGCCAUGCGCGCAUGCACCCACCAUGCGGCAUGCAAGUUGCAUUCCCGUUAAUUUGGUCAGGUAACGUGUAGGGGGGGGGGGGGGGGUGGAUUAACUUUGGGGGUUCUGCCAGGCGGCUUUCCCCUCUGCAAGCUUUCCCAGCCGCAGGAUGCAACGAGUUUUAUAUGUCAACUUGUAUUGUUUGUAUUCUUGUGUAUAAUAUGCUACCCCUCUAUUUGCUUCGCGAUGUUGGAUGCUCGAUGCGGCUUGAUGCAUGCAAAGAUGCAAUCUGCUCUGGAUGAGAACGUACGGUAUGUGUUGCGGCUAGCCUAGGCGUAAGCAGCUGCGGAAUCAAAGGGUUGGGUGGCACGGUUGUAAGCCUAUUCCGUACAGUGUGUGUGGGUUUGUACCGUAUGGAUGUCGGGCGGCAUGAGGCAGGUGCUGUGCAUUUCCCCUUCCGUCUCCUUUGUGACCACUGUCUCAGAAAGAGUGUCAGCCACUACCGUACUUGGAGAGCGUGUUCGUGAGCCGUGCUGUGCGGGCAGUGCUGUUGCGCAAACACUGGUGCGGUAAACCCAGACACCUGCCUAUAUGCAUGCCGUCACACGUCCGCCUACUGCGUGGGACGCACUGCUCGCCGCCCUUUGAGACGCCGGCGCGUGACCAGUGCCAAGAGCCCGCGCGCGCACCCUGUGCAGUGGUGCAGGCCCCUACUUCUGGAUGUGGCGCACUGGUGGCACUCGUAUGUGGUUAUGCCCGAGCGGCGGCGCCAGGGUGGCUGAAGAGUGAAGCUGUGAAGGAGACCAGCCCCGACCGUGUGUGCGCUGCUGGCUGGGCUGGCUGCUGACAUGCUUUGGACAGGAUAUUGCGGUCCGUACGCAACACAGCGUUGCCACUUGCAUCCCCAGCGGCGCCAGCAAUGACACGCGCUGAACACGCGGUUGGGAGGACCACAUAAAGCA